UUGAGAUUUGAGAAUUCGAUGAUGAUCAUUAAGAAAUGAUUCCGACGAUCAUUGCAAAUGAGCAUUCCUCUCCAAAAACAUCUCACCAUCGUAAGUACAGAACAAUAAUUGAGUAGGUGAGAUAAGGUAUUGCAAUGGCGGAAGAGCAAACAAUGCCCAGCGGCGCCGCCGGCAAGCCGGCAGUGUGCGUCACCGGAGCCAAUGGUUUCAUCGGCUCAUGGGUGGUGAAAACUCUUCUGGAUCACGGUUACACCACCAUCCACCUCUGCAUAUUCCCCGGCUCCGACGCGUCGCACCUUUUUGCCAUCCCCGGCGCCGCUAGGCCCGCCGUCCGCCUGAUUACGCACCAAGUCGACCUCCUCGACUCCGCCGCCGUGGACACGGCCGUGGAGGGUUGCGGCGGAGGGGGGAUUUUCCACGUGGCGUCUCCGUGCACGCUGGAGGACCCCGUCGACCCCCAGAAGGAGCUGCUGGACCCAGCCGUGAAGGGUACUCUGAACGUGCUCGCCGCCGCCAAGAAGUACGACGUGUUGCGCGUGGUGCUCACCUCCUCGAUCUCCGCCAUCGUCCCCAACCCGAAAUGGCCUGAAGGCAAGGUGUUUGAUGAGGAUUCCUGGACUGAUCUUGAUUAUUGCAAGUCUCGUCAGAAAUGGUAUCCGGUGUCAAAAACUCUGGCUGAGAAAGCUGCCUGGGAUUUUGCAAAAGAAAACGAUGUUGAUGUGGUUUCAAUAAAUCCCGCAACAUGUCUUGGCCAACUUCUGCAACCCGGGUUGAAUGCUAGCUGCGCAGUCUUGCUGCAGCUGCUCCAGGGGUCGAAAGAUACACAGGAGUACCACUGGUUGGGGGCUGUACAUGUCAAAGAUGUAGCCAAGGCUCAACUACUGCUGUUCGAAACUCCUACAGCCUCCGGUAGAUACCUUUGCACCAAUGGUAUCUAUCAGUUUGGUGAUUUCGCGGAUAAAGUCUCGAAGCUCUUUCCAGAAUUCCCAGUUCACAGAUUCAGCGGCGAGACGCAGCCAGGAAUGGUGGCGUGCGAGGAUGCGGCGAAGAGAUUGAUCGGAUUGGGGUUAGAAUUCACGGCGGUGGACGAAGCCGUCCGCGACACGGUGCUGAGCCUUAAAGGUAAAGGCUUGCUCUUGGGACAGGGAAAGCCAUCAUCUUGAGCACUAUCAGUCGAAAUUGGAUGCAGGAAAGCUCAGUAACUAACUUAAUUUUAUCAUUGUUUUUCUGUCCAUGUCAUGAUCAUUGAUCAUGCUAUAUAUAUAUAUAUAUAUAAUUCGAAUUGGCUAAUUCGAACGUGAUGAUAGUUUGAUAUUGUAUUGUAAUGAAGGCAGGCACGUGAGUGUUGUGUUGUCCUAAAACGAGGCAGGAUUUGGAUUGGAGUUUGGAGUUUAGUUAUGGUUUGCUUUUGCUUAGUCUUUUCGAUCUCUGCUUAUCCUUAAUUUGCAGAGAGAAUGGAGGUGGGGAAGACGAUGCACAUGGAGUGCCUACCUGGCUUCUAUUUUAUGAUUCAUGAGAGAGAGAGGACAGAAAUGGGGAUAAAGACAUGAUCAUGUGUGUUGUGUUAAUCAUGGAGGUUCUUCUGGCAUUCCAUGUGCUUCUCACUCCUCGCCCCCACUGCUGCAAUCUAUCUCUUGUACUUUAUUUGAAUCAAUACAUAUACAUACAUACAUACAGAUA